AUGUCGGUUGGUUUGGAUAAGGGUCACGCUGUUACGAAGCGAGAGAUCGCGCCGAGACCAGGGUCGAGAAAGGGGCGUUGUGGCAAACGUGUCGGCAUGAUUCGCUCGCUUAUUCGAGAUGUCGCUGGUUCUGCGCCGUACGAAAGGCGGUUAAUCGAGUUGCUGAAGAACGGUCGGGACAAGCGCGCAUUGAAACUUGCAAAGAGAAAGCUUGGGACUCACUUGCGCGGUAAGAAGAAGCGCGAAGAAAUGGGCAACAUCAUGCGCAAGUCGUCGCGAAAAGCCACAGCCCCGGAAAGCAAGUGA